UUGCACUGAACUAUUCCAUAGCACACAGCCCACGCAGCACUGUGUUCAUACACUGUAUAGACCAGAGUAGGUGCCAGGGGAACCAGCGACUACAUACAGUAGCAGUAACUGCAAGGAAUGUCACCACACCGCCAUUUUUGUUCAGGGCAUUCGAGGCUUCAUUGCGAGGGGGCGCUCUUUCAGUUCCUCUCUGGUGACAGGGGCCGCUCUGGCCGAGCGCUGUCGCUUCUCGCUGGUUAAUAUGGCGGCGGCCUGGGCUGCGGCGGAGGCGCGGAGCCAGAGCCCGUGAAUCGGGGGACCCGACAGCCGCAGCCCGGCUGUGGACGCACGGGGGGAGUCCGCCCGCAGGGACGGGCAUAGGGUGUGGCGGCGCUGCCUGAGAAGGCCCGGAUCUAACAGCGUCGGCUGCGGAAGGGAUGUAACCGGCUCGCUUCGGGCCAUCCCUGCGGCGGCUGCAGCGGCGAACAAGCAGCUAACGAAAAGCCGGGGAUGGGCCAGCAGGUAGGCCGCGUUGGAGGUGAGACACCUGGUGGAGGACCGCCACCGCCCAGAGGGAGCCGGAACACCGGGGCCAAACUCAGCAACCUCCCCGGAGCCGUGGGGACAGGAGUCGGGGGACGACGGAGAGAAACAACCGGAAGGAGCAACCCGGAGACCGGGUUCAACAUCUUCACCCAGCACGAAGCUCUCCACCGGCCUUACGGCAGUGACUCAGAACCUCAAGCUCUUAAUGAUGCCAUUCGCUGGAGUUCCAAGGAGAACCUGCUGGGAGCCACAGAGAGUGACCCCAAUCUCUUUCUUGCACUCUAUGAUUUUGUGGCCAGCGGAGACAACACUCUAAGCAUCACUAAAGGGGAGAAGCUGCGUGUGCUAUGCUAUAACCAGAAUGGCGAAUGGUGCGAAGUGCUGUCUAAGAAUGGCCAGGGCUGGGUGCCCAGUAAUUACAUCACUCCUGUCAACAGCCUGGAGAAGCACUCGUGGUAUCAUGGCCCCGUGUCUCGCAGUGCAGCAGAGUAUCUGCUCAGCAGCCUGAUUAAUGGCAGUUUCUUAGUGCGGGAGAGCGAGAGCAGCCCAGGCCAGCUCUCCAUCUCCCUGCGUUAUGAGGGCCGCGUCUACCACUACCGCAUAAACACUGCCUCUGAUGGCAAGGUUUACGUCACAGCGGAGAGCCGAUUUACCACACUGGCUGAGCUGGUCCACCAUCACUCCACCGUGGCUGACGGCCUUGUCACUAUCUUACACUACCCAGCACCCAAGUGCAACAAGCCCACAGUUUACGGAGUGUCCCCCAUCCAUGAUAAGUGGGAGAUGGAGCGCACAGACAUCACCAUGAAGCACAAAUUGGGAGGGGGACAGUACGGUGAAGUUUAUGUAGGAGUCUGGAAAAAAUACAAUCUUACCGUGGCUGUGAAAACACUAAAGGAAGACACAAUGGAGGUGGAGGAGUUUCUCAAGGAGGCCGCAGUGAUGAAGGAGAUCAAACAUCCCAACCUGGUGCAACUGCUAGGUGUCUGCACACUGGAGCCCCCGUUUUACAUUGUAACGGAAUACAUGCACUUUGGAAACCUGCUAGAUUACCUGCGGGAGUGUAACCGGGAGGAAGUGACCGCUGUGGUACUGCUUUACAUGGCCACUCAGAUCUCUUCCGCCAUGGAGUAUCUGGAGAGGAAAAACUUCAUCCACCGGGACCUGGCUGCAAGGAACUGCCUGGUGGGGGAAAAUCAUGUUGUGAAAGUGGCUGAUUUUGGGCUCUCUCGUCUGAUGACUGGAGACACGUACACAGCUCAUGCAGGUGCCAAGUUCCCCAUCAAAUGGACGGCACCGGAAAGCCUGGCAUACAACACAUUCUCCAUCAAAUCAGACGUCUGGGCUUUUGGGGUGCUGCUCUGGGAGAUCGCUACUUACGGCAUGUCUCCAUACCCUGGCAUCGACCUGUCUCAGGUAUAUGACUUGCUGGAGAAAGGGUAUCGCAUGGAGCAGCCAGAGGGCUGCCCCCCAAAGGUCUAUGAACUGAUGAGAGCAUGUUGGCAGUGGAAUCCAUCUGAUAGACCUUCUUUCGCAGAGACACACCAAGCCUUUGAGACCAUGUUUCAUGAUUCUAAUAUAAACGAAGAGGUUGCUGAAGAACUGGGACGCACUGCUGCUUCCUCAACAUCCAUUUCAUGUCAGAGCCGCCUUCCCAUACUGCCCUCUAAGUCUCGUACAUUGAAGAAGAAAGUAGAGAACAAAGAGAACAUUGAAGGCACUGGGGAUUCAUCCGAUAACUCAACCUCCAGCACAACUCCAGGGAUACUUCGGGGAUCUCCUGUAGCAAGUGGUUCUCCUGCUCUUCCCCGCAAGCAGAGGGAUAAAUCUCCUAGCAGCCUGCUGGGCGAUACUAAGGAGACAACAUUCACACGUGACCGUAAGGGAGGUUUCUUCAGUUCUUUUAUGAAGAAAAAGAGUGCCCCUCAGCCUCCAAAACGCAGCAGCUCCUUCCGUGAAAUGGAAAACCAGCCCCACAAGAGGCCUGAGCUCACUGGGGAGCUCGCCGCUUUCCAGCAGCUUGAUGGUCUAGACACUCCUGCUUCUCCUGGCUCCCACAAGUGCUAUGGGGGAGUAUCUCAACGUAAUUUUGCGGAAGAAGCCACGGGGGGAGUCAGCGGUGGUUGGACCGGAAUAUCGGGCUUCUUCACUCCCCGUCUCAUCAAAAAGACAUUUGGAUUGCGGACAGGAAAAUCAGGGAGCAAUGAUGAUCAAUCCAAACCUUUUCCCAGGUCCAAUUCCACAUCCUCUAUGUCACCUGUGGUUUCUGAGCAGGACAGAAUAUCAAUGACACUGCCGAGAAACUGCCACCGGACUAAGGUCCAGCUGGACCGUGCUGCCUCUGUGUCCUCACAGCCAGAUGAGAACCAGCAGGAUCUUCCAAGGACUGCAUUAGACAUGGCACCCGCACAGCCAAAUAGGGACCGAGUAAAGGCCAAAAUGCUUCCACGCACUGGAGGUAGUGAACGAAAUGGUGGUCUGCGGACAGGUGCAGAUGACAGAUCAUCACCCGGAAAACACGUAGGAGGAGUCUCUUCCUCUUUCCCUACAGCCGCCCACAACCACAAAGUGCCGGUUCUCAUCUCUCCAUCCCCAAGGAAUGCAUCUACAGAUGGCCAGCUGGUUGGAAUGGAUUCUUUAGGUCACACCUUCAAAUUGCUUCAGGAACAUGUGGCACCAGCUGGUUCUGAGAAGGACCGUCCUUCUCAUCGCCGACUGAAGCCAAAAUGUGCGCCCCCUCCUCCUCCAAAUCUGAGGUUCCUCCAACAGCCACCUGCUGAGGGCACAGGCUCAUCUGCACCUGCACAGUCUGUCCCUGACCGUGCGCCCAAGCCAUCCCGGCCCAUGCUGCCACCUCCACCUCCUGUUAGUCAAGCAGGAAAGCUUUCCAAUGGGGCAGCUGGAGGUGGUAGGGGAGCACUUAGGAAGUCCAAGCAACCUGCAGAGAAGAUCCCUGCAGAAAAAAUAAGCAAAGAAGCCCUAUUGCAGUGUGCUGGAAUGCUAUCCAGUGCAUUAGCACUACCCCAACCCAACAGCCAAUUAGUGGACACAGGCCACCAGCUUCUGGACUACUGCACUGGAUAUGUGGACUCCAUCGCCCAAACACGCAACAAAUUUGCCUUCCGCGAGGCUGUCAGUCGCUUAGAGGUCAGUUUGCAAGAGCUGCAGGUGUCUUCCGCAGGGGCUGGGGCUGGAGGUGCUUCUGCUGCUUCCCAGGGUCCAAACCCUGUACUUAAUAACUUACUUUCCUGUGUACAGGAGAUCAGUGACGUAGUACAGAGGUAGCCUCCGACUGGUCCACUCUCAUGUUCGUGAGGCAUUUGUUACUGACACCCCAAACACCGUAAACUAACCCCCGCCGUUGGGAUGCACUGGCAGGUGUGUGACAGGUGUUAACCUCAGCAUUGAAGGAGCAAAUUAAAGGGUUUGGCCUCUGUAUUGCUGGUAAUAAGACUGAACAGUGCAAUGCAGCAGAAAUCAUUUAACACUAAAACACCAGAUUACAUUUUAAUCUCCAUUUUUUUUUUUUUUUUUUUUUUGCUUUGCUUUAUUUGUCCUUUACAUCUCAGGUUUAGUUUGUAUCUUCAUAUGGAGAUUUUUGUUCUCCAUUCUGACUGGGUCCAAAAAUAAAAUGAGCAAUGUUGCAAUCCCGUUUGGUAACUAUCCGGCAUCUCAGAGUCAGAAAAACUGGGGAAUGUGUGAUGGUAUUAUAUUUUAGACCACCUUCCGUGCUGUUUGAGGCAGGUAGAGGUUAGUGUGCACGUGUGGAGCCAGGAUUCCACGUGGGAAGCAGAUAGACCACAAUAAACAACGUCAAAGUAAUUAGUCUGGUAUUUUAACCUCUUAAGGGACUAAGCAAGGCCCAAGUUGUUCUAGUAUUUUAUGAUUUUAUCUUUUACCUCUUUAAACCUCUGUUGUCAGAGGGAGAGGUCGAGUUUUGCAGUACUUUUUACAUUGCAGACUAUGAUACGGGCACCUCCUGGUUUAAAAUGGUUUUCUGCAACAGCCCAGGCAGUGAAGAUAAUAAAAUUGUACAUAUCGCCAAAUUGCUGUGGAGGCAGCCAUUUUGGGAGCCAAUCCUACAUAUACAACCUGUGACUUCACUUGGAGCUAGCAUGAGGCAUCUUCUCUCCCAGUUCCAUUUUUGUUUAUGUUUGCAUCAUUCACAAAAUGGCUUCCUCCGCUGUCUAUAAGCAAUGUAUACACUUUCAUUGACACACGCUGGGAAUGCAGGAAUGUUGAUAUGUUGACUUUGCCACAUAGCUAUAAUUCUGUUGUAUCACACAAAGAUUUUAAAAGCUUAUUCGCUUGUAUGAUGAAUUUCUCAUUUCUUUGCUCUCACAAGCCAUGGAGAUCACAGCAUGUUUUUGUGGAAAUGCCACAUAUUCUCUGUCCCACAAUGCAAUGUGACUGCUCUGACCACCACAAUUAUGCAGUGCCCACGUUAAUUGAAACACUACGCAUUCACAGGAACCUGACAGGUGUUAUUCAGUCGUUGAGUUAUUAUGAUGUGUACGUGUAUUCUCAUUAUUAUUUGUUUUGGUCCAGAUUUUGUAUAGAGAAGUAUAUAUUGUGACCUCACUUAGGGCGUGCUUUUUCGCUCUGCAGAAUAUGUAUAUGGAACGAUUGUGAUCACCGUUUAUGCCAUCUGUCAUACACUUAGUGAUUAAAUGCCUGAAAUAGCUUUUUCUGGGUAAUACUGGAAUAUGGGCAUAACUGGAGUCUACAGCUGAGGCUACACAAAUAAAAGGUGCAUUCACUUAACAUGAACUUGUUGCUUUAUGUUUUGUGGGAAGUGACCUCUAGAGCAUGGCUGCAUGAUCAGAAAUAUCAUGCAGCCAUGGGAAAAAACAGACACCCAACUGACUUUUCAAACAAUUGAAUAUCCCCGAUUGAGUACAGUAUUUAAAUAUUGUCCUUUAGAAAUUGUGGGUUUUAUUUUUAGUCAGGUAUGACCUCUGUGGUUAGGUGAUGCACAAUAGGGAAAGAUCGCAUUUUGCCUUUUACAGAAGCCUUGUCAAAUACUUUAGUAAUUGGCGAAGAAUCUUCAGUACAAUAUUGGGAAGCUCAAUCUUCUAAUUCCCAAAUACAGUUUUCAGGGAAGCUAAUAUUCUCACCACUUGACCCUUUCCUAGUAACUUGCAGGGAAAUUAUAAUUAACGGGGGGUGUAACUCCUCAAGCACCUUAAAAACACCAUUUAUGCAACGUGAACUGCUACCACGCUCAAUAUUUCAUUUAGUCAAUUAUUCUAAGCAUGCAUAGUGAGAGAGGGGUGGCACUUGAUAUGCCGGCUUAGAUAGGGUGAUGGAGCGCUUUAUUGGAACACUGAAAUAGAAUGCAUCUAUGCUUCCUGUGCAGACUAGCUAGACUUCUUGGACAUCAGUGAUUCCACACUAACUGCAUCCGCUAGGAUUUCAUACAGUGAAUGCACCUUUUAUUGCAUAAGAUUUAUUUUUAACCUUGUAGUGCCAGUAUGUUGACACCCCCACCCUGCCACAUUGAACGUACCAGGCACACAAGGUUUUGGGGACCUGAUUGGAUUGUGUUCUGGUCUUUGUCGAUAACUGUGUGUAAUUAUGUAAGUAUCGCAUAAUCUGCUCUGUUUCGCGCCUUGCUCAUGUUUCCCAGGUCAUGAAAGCAACUGGUAACCUCUCUACUUAUUUGCUGUACUAUACUAUGGGGCUGUAAUUUCUGCAUCUGUGGGAAUUCCAUGUGCUCUUCAUAUCAUUGUCUAUUCUGCUGACACGUUUGUCCUGCAGAAACUGUAACUUUGGGCCAGUAACCCCAUCCAAAACCUCUGCAGCAAUCAAUGUAUAUCCUCACCCCCCAACCCCUGCCCUGAGGUCAGUUUCUGCUCUAUAAGGCUGCUACAAAGAAUUAUAUGGAGUUGUCAAUCACGUAGACAUUAAGCACUCUAAUAUAGAACACUAGCAGCAUCCAUUGUCCCUAUUCCUUUGUAUUUAAGCCCCCCCCCCCCCCCCUUAAAUAUUUACAUUGUAGGGUGUUAUCAGUUUUCCCACUCAUGCUUCACCCUGCUUCCUGUAAUACUUUGUAGGGAUCACUACAGUCCGUAAUGCAUGGCAGGAGAACAGUUUAUGGAUGGUUCUCUCUGGGAUGACUGGCGCUGCACACCUCCGCCACACUCCCCCACACACUACCAGUGUUUUCAAUUUAUUUUUUUGUUUUUUAAAGUUCUUGUAAUAUAUUUUGUUGGUGUUUCUUUAUUUAAUUUUCACUGGUUUAUUUUCUGACUGUGAACUGCUAACAGUGUUACAUGUGAUGUGAAUGUGACCCCUUGAAUGGAUGCCAUGUUAUAUAUCUGUUUUUGUUUUAUCAUUUUUUUGUUUUUUUUUUAAGAAAAAGAACAAAAAAAAAGAGAAAAGGAUGUUGCAAUAUUUUAUCGCAAAUAAACUUGAAGCCUCUA